AAAAGAGAGAAGAAAGUUUUGAGUUUUGACCGCUUAUUUUCCGUUUGCGUGUCGCAUAUUCCGUUGACGUGUCCCUCUUCAUCCUUCGAUUCCCUUCUCACACUGUUUAUCUUCCGUUUUCCUCUUUCCUUCUCAUCACUUCACAAUACUCAAUUACUCAUUCCUACUCAUUCGUUCCUUUGCCCCUCUUCUCUUCUCACUUGAUCCAAAUCUCCCUCUUUUUCGUCUUCUUCACUUUAAUAUUAAUCUAUUCCUUCUUCCGUAUGCGUCUUCUCUCAAGAAAUUAAUUUUGACAACUCAAUUUUCCUCAUCCCUUCUUCUCCUUUCUCCCAAUGUUAACGCCAAUUGAAAACCCCAUUUUUUCCCAUCCCAAAAAGCUGAAUCCUUUUCUCUCCAUUUCCAUCAUCAUCAGAUAUCCGUAAUUUCAAUUUUUGGGUUUUUCUCUGGUUCCGGUAAGCAAAGUUCGAAACUUUACCUUGUUUUAUUGGGCCCCCAGAUUUUAUUUUAGUUUUUCAAUUUGUUUGCAUAUUUUUAAGGUUUCGUUUGUUAUGGAUAUUAGAGGGGAAGGGAUUUUCCCUGAUGAGGUGGUUAUUCAGAUUCUUGCUAGGUUACCUGUGAAGCCGCUUCUUAGGUGCAAAACAGUGUGUAAGCUUUGGUAUAAAUUGUUAUUUGAUAAGUAUUUCAUUCAAGUUUACAAUGAGGUGUCAAGGAAGAACCCUAUGAUCCUUGUUGAGAUUUCAGACUCAUCAUCAGUCUCCAAGUCUAGUUUGAUCUGUGUUGAUAAUUUGAGGGGUGUAUCUGAAUUCUCACUAGACUUCUUGAAUGAUAGAGUUAAGGUUAGAGCAUCUUGCAAUGGCUUGUUGUGUUGCUCUAGUAUCCCUGAUAAGGGUGUGUUCUAUGUCUGCAAUCCUGUCACUAGGGAAUUUAGGUUGCUUCCCAAGAGUAGGGAACGGCCUGUGACGAGGUUUUAUCCGGACGGAGAAGCGACUUUGGUUGGCUUGGCUUGUGAUUCUAUGUAUCAGAAGUUUAAUGUUGUCUUGGCCGGUUGCCAUCGCACUUUUGGCCAUAGGCCUGAUGGGAGUUUCAUAUGUUUGGUGUUCGAUUCGGAGAUGAACAAGUGGAGGAAGUUCAUUUCCUUUCAAGAUGACCAUUUUACUCACAUGAAUAAGAACCAAGUUGUUUAUGUCAAUAAUGCUCUUCAUUGGUUGACGGCUAGCGCGACUUACAUACUUGUGCUUGAUUUGAGUUGUGAUGUUUGGAGGAAGAUGCCGUUGCCAUAUGAAUUGAGUUACAGGGUGGGGAAUAGGAUUUAUCUCUUGGACUUUGAUGGCAGCUUGUCAGUUAUUCAAAUUUCGGAAGCAUGGAUGAACAUAUGGGUGCUAAAAGAUUACUGGAAGGAUGAAUGGUGUUUGGUGGAUAAGGUAAGUCUGAGGUGUAUCAGAGGAAUGGUGCCGGGCAUUUUCCCUAUAAGCCAGACGGGCGAAUACGUCUUUCUUGCGACUCAUAAGCAGGUUUUGGUUUAUCAUCGCAGGACUCAGGUUUGGAAAGAAAUGUACUCUGUGAAGUAUAGCUCAACACUGCCAUUGUGGUUUUCGGCACAUGCUUAUCGCAGCACGAUGUUCUCAUGUAACUGAGGCACGGCGGUUAGUGAAUACGAUAGAUAAGUUCUGUACAUACAUUUCUAGUUGCAAAGUUGUUUACACUCAUUUUAGCCGAUUUUAUUUGCUGAAGAUGUUUUACAUUUCAGGUACAGCCUUAUUAUUUUUAGAACAGUGAUUUUGGAUCUGUUAAAAUCAUAGCACAAUGUUCUUGUGUAGCUUGUAGGUGUUGCUACUUUCAUUGAGUAAAUUUUGUACAUAUAUUUCUAGUUGCAAGUAUCUGAUACUCAUAUUUAUUCUAAAACUAUUAUACUGUUUGUAAUUGCAGCUCUACUAAUAUUUGAAUACCAU